AUGACCUCUGGCGCCGACGGUGCGUGUCACGCCUUUCGCUAUGGUGGCCCAGCGGCCGUCGUUGAUCCGCUUCUAUCGUUUCUCUUUGAUCUGAGGCGCAUGGAGGACACCGUCUUAUCCACGCUCGAGCACCUCGGGGUCCAGCGCCACAACCUGCCUCGUCCUUUCGGGGGCGGCUCAUCUGCGUCCCCGCCGCAAGCCCCAGCCACCAUCGGCAACGACGGUGCGGCAGCACUUCCCAGUGCACCGUCGCUGCCGAUGCCAGUGACCGACCCUAUCGACUCCGAUGCACACGAGGUUGUUGCAAGCCGCUCCGCUGCGCCCGAUUCGAGUGUGGGAGGCGUGACACACCAGUUGUUGAGCUGGCUAGACGCCCAGUCGUCUGCCCCUCGGUCUUCUUCAGCUCUAUCGCUGCGGCUCCUGAGGCUCUUCGUGACGGCUGCGGAGGCGGGAGCAGACGUCUUCGUGCGCGACGUGGCCACGCGUGAGGACUCCCACGUCGGACAAGCCUUCAAGAGGACCAGACCCGACAAGGGCGCGGCGCCAACAGAACCGAAUGAAGACGCCGUUGUGCAUGGUACUGACAGCACAGUGCUCCACGUUGGCUCUCUCACGGCCGCUGAUAUCCACACAGCGGUGCAGGAAUGGCGCGGGUACGAGAAGUUUCUCAAACGCGGUGUGGCGGAGAUGAAGGCGACAUUGGCGGCUGUGACCGCAGCGCAGCCAGGUAACUCAUACAGCUGUCAUGCAAAGUGGGUCGAGCAUACCCGUAGUGAUGCCAAGGUGACGUCCGUGGUGCCGGGCAGCGCUGUGCUCAAGAGAAAUUAUGAGGAGCUGAUCAGCCUCAACGACGCACUGGCCACUUGCCAGGCAGCGGUGCAUACCGCCUACGUCGUACUGGAAGACAACCUAGAUGUCUUCUUAGAGGAAGCACAGGCGGUGGACCGACAGGAGCGGCUCUUUCAGCAUCACCUCUCAGCUGCUCGCAGCGAGUGCGCUGCGUUGCAUGCCUUACGCUGCCACAUCAAGCGCGCUCGCAAAGCUCUUGGGCGGUGUAUCUACGGUCUACCCAGUACGACUAACAUGCAGCCUCGCUAG